CAAUAUGUAGGUAAUCAAAAAAUGAUUUGAUAGAAAAUUAAGUUGCGUUGUUUGGUUGAAAACGAUAGUUCCUUCUAAAGAUUUAAAUAUUAUUAGAGUUUAAAUUCAGAAAAACUUUUAUAUGCGUGCCUGUCAGUUUCUUAAAAUCUGUUUGACGUUGACGGCUCUUACUUGAAGAGAUUUUUGUUUAGAAAGGGAUAGCCAUAUACAUCAUAAAGAGUGUAAAAAUAUAUAAACAAAAGCAAUUUACAACCAACCGCAACCAAGAAAAUAUAAUGAGUAUAAGAGACAUAAACUGAAACAAUACAAAAAUGUUAAUAAGUUGUUAGGUUCGCGGUUUUAUAAAUAAAAGAACAAUGUCAUCUCUUUUAUUGCUCAAAUCAAUGUUGUAUGCAAAUGCACUCCAAAAGAACAAAAAGAAGAAGAGCAGGAUGAAGAAAACAUAUAAACCCCCUAAAAGAGAGAAAAUAAACUUAAUAAAUAUGUGCAGGAUAUGCAACAACGAAAAAGGAGAUAUACCAAUAUUUAACAAUUUCAAACAACCUAAUAUUCCUGAAGAAAUACAAAACUUUUCUGGUAUUGUUUUAAAUAAUGCUGAUAAUUUAUCAAAACAUAUGUGUCAAAGUUGUUUGGACCUUUUGAAUGGAUGUAUAAUGUUUCGAGAAAUGUGCCAGAGGAAUAAUAAACACUUGAUUGAAAUUACUAUAAAACAAGAAUACAAUCAAGACAGUGCAAAUUUGGAAGAGAAUAAUGAUCCAAAAGCUGAUAGCGAAGACUCUUACAAUGUUCCAUCACCAACAUUCUCCACGGAUAACUCAGAACUUCUCUCUCUUUGGGGUUGUAGCAAGUGUGGUGAAGAAUUUUAUGUUAUGUCUGACUACACCAAUCACAUAAACAAGUGCAAUGCGCAGCCAUCACAAGAACCGAAGCCACCUGAGGAAGUAACUAAGAAGAAAUUUCUAUGUGAUAUCUGUGGGAAGACUGCACUCUCUAAUGCGAGUCUACUAGUACAUAAGGCCACCCAUGAAAAUGUGUUUCCCUACAAAUGCGACGUUUGUCCGUAUCAAGGGCGGACAAUGGACUUACUGAAGGUGCACAAGAGAUCUCAUUUGGCUGAUAAACCAUUUAAAUGCACACAAUGCCCCAAAGCGACGACGACAUCCAGUAACUUGGCUAAACAUAUGCGACACGUACAUAGCACUACCAGACCAUUCAAGUGUUCAUACUGCGAAAAGGCCUUCUCCUACCAACACGAUAUGAAAAGACAUGUAAAAGACAUACAUUUAAGGCAAGGCACUGUUGAAUGCGAUAUCUGUUGUAAAAAGUUCAAUACGAAAAAAAUUUUACAAGGACACAGAUGGAAAAUCCACAAAAUUAAAGGCGAAAGGCAAGGUCGUCUUCCGUCGUACUUACAAUGUCAAAUGGGAAUAUUAAAUAAUGAAAAUGAGAUUAGUGACAAGGACAACUGUGAUCAAAAUUGUUAACGUUAUUAAGUUGUUGUAAAUUAAGUACAAUAAUUUAUUAUCUUCAGGAAUAUUACUUUGGGCUUUGGAACUCUACAGUCUAGAUAGACAGACGUUUCUUUAGCUACAGCUGCUUUGUUAGUCGAGUGGUCAUAAGUUCGAAUCCCGGGGCAAGCUAAAUACGUUGCAUAUCUGAGGUUUUAUAAAAAAGAAAAGUUCUCAA